AUUACCUAGAUCCCAUUGUAUUAGUCCACCAUAGCCUCGCGUCCUAUAAAUUCAAUGUUGAUUGCUUCACUUCCUCCCACACUACCACCAACGCAACAACAGUUAAUUAAGGAGAAACAAAGCAACCGAGUAAAGAAGAUGAGUACUCUGCUCUGCGGGAAGCUGGAGGCAUGUUUUGGGAUCUGUCUCCCGGCGAGUCAGCACCACGACAUCUUCAGCGGCAGGCCUCACCACGUCUGCAACAUGGCUCCGACCAAGAUCAAGAACUGUGCUCUCCACGAAGGCGACUUCGGCAAAAAGGGCGCCAUAGUUAUCUGGGACUAUGUUCAUGAUGGAGUUCACAAGGUGGCCAAGGAACUAGUCGAAGACAUCGAUGAUGUGAACUUUUCGACCACUUUCAAGGUGGUGGAAGGCGAUCUUAUGAAGGAGUACAAGGAGUUCAAGAUUGUUGUCAAGGCAACUCCCGAAUCGGAGAACACUAGCCUCAUCCACUGGACUAUGGAGUACGAGAAGCUGAACGAGGAUGUCCCCGAGCCCUUCUCCCUUAUGAAAUUUGCUGUGCAUCUCAGCAAAGAUAUCGAUGAUCACCACACCAAAAAGUGAUCAGAUCAUCGUAAUUAUAUAUUCCCCCCCAUAACCAGCCGUUUGUGAUUCGUACCCUCAAUAAUAUCUGUAACGUACAAGUGCAUGCAUACAGCAGUACCGCUGUAUCUAUCUCUAUCCUUGUUUACUAGCGAGGCGUUGUUGCGUUUGCUCCUUCAGUUUCACCAUUUCGUGGUUUUGUUAUUUCCUCCUUAGUACCUUCGGGUUAUGUUAUGCCAUGAUGCAGCAAUAAAUAAUGAUAAUAAUUAUGGGGGGAGUUUUACACAUCUUGUGAAUUAUGCUAUG